AUGCUAAUUAACACAUCUUCAUAUAUUCAACAAUUAACACCACAUUUUAUGAUGCAGCUAUAUAAAAAGUUUGAGCUGACUGUGGUUCAUAGCAUGGUUCUGUUCCUGACCAUAGCAACCUUGACUCAUGCAAAUACAUUCAAAUCAUUCAAAGACCCAGACACAAUGCACGAUGGACAUCACAUACAGGAACACUAUGAAGGGCAGGUCAAAGUUGAUCCUGAAACCAUGACAGAUGAAGAAAAAGAAUUUCAUUAUUUCAAGCAGCAUGAUUCCGACGACAGCAACACACUUGAUGGUAUUGAGAUCUACCAAGCAAUUGCUCAUAUGAUGCCAUAUGAUCCUGCCAACUUCAAACCAGCAAACCUAGAGGGGAAAUCACAGGAACAGAUUGCAAUUGAUAUAAACCAUGCUAAAGACCAAUAUGUCAAACAAAUAGAAGUACUAGUGGACACAGUGUUAAAACAGAGUGAUGUCAAUGAUGAUGGCUACAUCUCCUACUUUGAAUUCAAACAUAGAUAUGACAGUAAAGAAAACAAAAACAAUUAAGCAUUUGGAAUGUUUCAAUGGGUAAACCAAUAGAGCUUAUGGGAACUAAUUGUGUUAUCUUAGACUGAUUUUUGGAACAGAUUUUGUCUGACAUGACAGCAUUUCUAACUACGACUAUUUUUCACUUCACUUUAUAGCGCCAGAAUUACAAUAUUGAAUGUGCAUCAAACCAUACUGGGCAAUAUCCUUUUAUAACUCUAUUGCUUCAAACAUUUUGAAAAAAUACAUGGACUUUGAUGAUACCAAAGAAAUUAUAUAUGGGAUCUAGAUAAUAACAUUAUUACAUUGUUUUUAAUGUCACAAAGUUGAUGUUUUCUUGAUGUUGGGUUUGCAAAAUGUAACCGAAUACAACAAAUUGUGACGAGUGUGAGCUGCCAUCUAUAAACAUGUCCCAAAGACCAUUGCAGUAUUUUCUCUCUGGUUCAUAUAUUCCAAUAUAAUCUCAUCCAUAUGUCAAAACAUGAAAACUAUAAUAUACAUUGUAUAUAACAUACAAUAUUCUUUAUUCAUUUAAGCUAUGGCAAUAUACAUGUACUGGUACAUCUAUAAAUAAAGUAAUUUUCAUAAAAAUAUAUGGCAUUAUGUAUUUGGAAAGGUUUAAGAGCACUCAUUGACAUUAGAAUGCUGAAUCACAUUCAUACUGAUUACAGAGUUACAUUUGGUGUUUAAUCAUUUGGCAUGCUAUUAUUAUUGAACAUACAUGAUUUAAUAUUACCCCACAGUCCCAUUUUCAGUCUAUUUGCUCAGUAUAACCAUUACCUCAGUUUGUAUAUAGUAAAACACAUAUUAACAUCUCUCUACAGUGAACACUUUAUAGCCAAACAUCUUUCAGUGUAACAUUUGAGUAAUCCAUAGACUGCCGUGUUAUGCCUUAAACGGUCAGGCUAAGAGAAUGACACCCAUGGGGGGGGGGGGGGAGAUCUACCCCCUAUCAUCUCUGAAACAAUGAAUCAUAGGAGGUAUCAUUGGAAAGCUUAUUCAAUUCCCAGUACUUUGAGCUUACUUAUUAACUUCAUGUAUAUUGAGUCAUUAUUGAUGAAGAAAUUCAUAUUCUAAGAAGAUAGGGGUUUAUCACUUCAAGUCAAAACGACUGACAUUUUGGGUAUUUCAGUUACUUUGACCAGCUCUAACUUUCCU